UUGAGUGUUAGCGGACAAUGUACGACAAGGUGUGUGAUUGGCAAUUAUCGCUUCUAUCUAAAAUAUUUAAAUGAAAGAUUCUAAAUUUUCGCUGUUAUUCGGUUUGUCAUUUAAAGUUAAACUCUUGUGUGAAGACGUUAUAAAAUAUUAAUUCUUAAACAUUGACGCAAAACUGGCAACGAAAUAAUCAUUUCUUUUUAAACAUACUACUCUUAAAGCAGUAUGAUUUAUGGUUGGUACAUAAUAUUUUUCAUAUGCUUUGCUAUAAUAACAGUAGUAAAUGGAGUCAUACGACCGAGUGGUUCUUUAUAUCUUAUGGACGAUGAAGGUUUCAUAACGUAUCUGGAAGUACCUAAGAGUUUUGGUACAGUAAAAAAUUGUUGGUUUAAAUUUCGAGAUGAUGACAAAAUAAAUAUUGAAUUAAAUGCUACCGCUCCAAUAACAACGAGUCGUAAUGAGAUUGUGCUGCCUUUCUCGUCGACCAUUUGCGGUAUACGUGUUAAUAAUAUAUCAAGUGCAUCUGCAGCGGUAUGGACGUUAGAAGCUGAAAAUAUCUAUGGUGAUUUUGAACAGGACUCAGUUAAUGUCCAAAUUUUACCUGCACAAAAAACACGUUUCGACACACAUAUACAGCGUGAACUCGGCAAAGGUAGUAUUGCAUGUACUAAGCAUGACUCCUAUACAAAACAUUGUAAGAUCGUCGAUAAACAGAGCAACGAAUCAUGGAAUCAGUGUGAAGUGUAUACAACAAUACGUCCUAAUAUAUCCUUUGAGUGUUUGACCUAUAAUUGGGGUCGCAUGCAGGAGAGCUAUGAACAUAUUUUUGUUGAAACUAAGGAGCGUACCGUUUAUACAACUGCCAGCAUGGAGGAUAAUAACAACACAAGUGUAAUAUUGCGUUGUCAGUUUUCAGACACUUUGCAAUCCUGUCAGGCAGAGAUGCCUGAUCAUAAAAAUGAAAUAUACAUAAUGGAUGGAAUGUACAAUGGAAGAUAUUCAACAUAUGAUACAUUAAUAUCCAAAUCAAGAUGUGCUUUAGAAAUACCCAAACCAUUGGCUGAGGUCGAUAUGGGACUUUGGCGUGUCAUAAAUUAUAAUACUGGCACACCCACAGGAUGUUUAUUUUAUGUAGGUGAAACAAAACAGGAUAUAAUUAUGAAAGAAAUAGACAUGUCUCGUACAAUUAAAACAUUAAAAAUUUAUGAACCAAUAAGCGAUUCUGAUAAGACUAUCGCAGAAAUGUACUGCAUGUUACCAUUUGUCAUAGAUGAUUGUUACUUACGUGAUCCAAAUAAUACAGUCUACUUUCCGGAUUCAUUGAAAUUUGAAAGAAGCCGCCAGUAUGGUAAAUGUAUUUUUUCGAAUGUACCAGCAAUUGCAGGAAUAUGGAUUUGUGGAGCACGUGGUCAUGACUAUGAAAAGGAAGUACUACAAGAAAUAGAGGUUAUAAUGAAGCCUAGAGGUGGUGGUCCAGUUAAUGAAGAGAUGACAAUAAAAAGAAGCAAUACUGUUCAGCUUAUGUGUAAAUCUCCUUUCGAAGAGCCACUAACCCAUUGUAGCUUUAUAGAUCCAAACAGUCACGUGCAUUUAGUUGCCACAGUAAAUAGCGUUAAAACUGCUGGGCAUGUACAGUACUCUGGGCGCGGCAUUAAAUAUGGUGAUUGUGGUAUAAAAAUUAAAGAAGUUUCCGCAAAUGAUUUUGGUCAAUGGAAGUGUCAGUUUAUAAUCGCCAAUGGAAAGUUAGAGUCAGCAUUUGUUAUGCAAUUAACGGAACUCCCUAUGAAACAUGCAACAUCUGUGGGCUUAGCGAUUGGAGUAACUGUCAUUAUUCUGCUAGUAUUGGGUGUACUUAUCGGUACUGUCUUCUACCGUAGAAGAAACUUAUCAGCGCAACACAAUUUCCCAUCGGCCGAUCCACUUGAUAGUACAAAUUCAGUUGUCACUGCUACAACGCAAACUUAACAAUUUGUUUAUUACUUAAUUAUUAUAAAUAAUUUAUUA